AUGUCGAUUCCUCGACUGGAACUCACUGCUGCUCCACAUUUUGGAGGUCAUUGGGAAACUGGUGUUAAAUCAGUUAAAUACCAUCUCAAAAGAGUUAUGAAGACCCACCUACUAACUUACGAAGAAUUUUCGACAGUGCUGGUACAAAUAGAAGCUGUACUCAAUUCUCGCCCUCUCUGCCAGCUUACAGAAGAUCCAGACGAUCUAGCAAUCCUAACCCCUGCGCACUUUUUAGUUGGCGAAUCUUUAACUACUAUCCCAGAACCUAAUCAAGAAAACCAACCCACAUCAAGACUUACUCGAUGGAAAUUAACUCGCCAAAUGUUGGAAUCAUUUUGGAAGAAGUGGUCUCGGGAGUACCUUCAACAACUUCAAGCAAUAUACAAAUGGAGAUUUCCUUCCUGUUCAAUAAAACUCGGAUCAGUUGUUCUUGUUGUUGAUGAGCAAUUACCACCAUCAAAGUGGCCGCUAGCAAGAGUGACUGAACUUCAUCCAGGUCGUGAUGGACUUACCCGAGUAGCCACUCUGAGAACAUCAAGUACCUCAUUGAAAAGACCAAUAGUCAAGCUUUGUCCUCUUCCAAUUGAAGUCAGUGAUUAA